AUGAGCGAGCAGCCGCAGAGGACUCUCCGGUCCCUGCUGGUCUCUGAGAGAUCCAGUUUCCUGGACGACAAGAACCGUCUGAGUGCGCAGGCGCAGCAGCACCACCUCAACUACAAGGUGUCUGUGCUCCUGCCUGAGUGUAGCUCCGCCCCCUCUCACCUGGAGGCAGCAUUCAACACUUUCAGCACCUUCUACCUGAUCAGGAAGCUGCCGCUCUACGAACUACUGGACAAACACUUCCUGGAGACGGCUGUGUACCAGGGAAGUGUGUAUGGGCUGUCAUACCGGAGCAGAAUAGAUCAAGAGAACUGCGUCUGUCUCACUCCCAACGGUCGCCUGUCUCUCUCUCUGGAUAAGGACUCCUACGAGCUGUUGGGGUUUGAAGGGAAACCUUCGAAAUUCAACCACAGAACAACCAGCAGAUAUGUAGUAUCUGUGGAUUUGAUGGACAGCUGCAUGGCUCCAGGUGGGCGGGGCUACCAGCGGCUGCUUCAAGGUGUGACAUCACGGCUCCGGCUGCAGGUGGACUUCCUGUUGAGUCAUCCAGGGGGCGGAGCUUUGCAGUCUCUACUGUCUCGCUAUGAUUGGUCGGAGCACUCACCUGAGGUCAGCGUCCGCAGCCUGUCUCACCUGUCCUGCCCCGCCCUGCUGACCUCUGACCUGCAGUCAUGUGACCCACACAGCCUCCUGGAGUGGCUGGGAGCUGUGGACGCUGACAUCAGCUGUGAGAAUUCUUCCAGCAGCUUCCUGUCCACGCUCGUCUGUCCCGAACCGUCGAGGACAGCGAGCCAAUCACUGAGUGUCUCCGUCUGCGGCCUCCUGCUCCCCAAGGACGUCCUCCGCCUCGUCCAGGAGCUCAGGUGUUACCUGGAGCAGAGUCCCCAGGUGUCCUGGGUGGCGUUGACAGUCCACGGGUUCACAGACAGUCCGGUUUCGUGGGGGGACAGCGAGCACGGCUUCCUCACAGGAGGAGAAAACUUCUACACACUGCUGCUGUUCCAGGACCACACCUACCAGCUACACCUGUCCACCGGAGCUCCACACACCUGUCCUCCAUGACUACACCUGUCUUCACCUGUCCUCCAUGACCACACCUGUCCUC